GGAAAUUGGCACGGGGAAUGCCACCUCUCUGAUAUUUUACUCAUAGAAAUACUGAGAGUCCUGCCAUUACCCUGCAGACAGCAAAGCGAGCGCAGCCCAGAAGCAAGCGACGUGCUUUUUAUCAUAAAAGGAAAAGAAGACAUUUUCUUCAGCAAAGUUGUAACAAUAAAUCACCAUUUUUCAAGACCUAGGAACAUUAUCCAAUCUUUCACCUGUGUGAGAGGUUUGUAACCAUCACCUGAGGACCCUCCAUCUGAGACAACUCCCUUCUGCCCCCUUCUGGAAGUGCAUCCCAAGGCUUUCUCUGAUACCUUCUUCCACGUGCUUUUGUGAGCCUAGGAGGUGCUCAGAUCCUGGGAUAUACAUUACCAGCUGUGUUCUUCAUCCUAAGCCUUUGAAGCUAUGGCUCACCCAGUGAGCCGGGAAACACCACAAUCCAAGUGUCUCUACCUCUGGCUUUCUACGUCCUUGGUGCUGGCUUGUCUUUUUCACAUCUCGUCAGGCACAGAGAGGGUGUUCAAAGCAGUGAAAGAAAUGGUAACCCUGUCCUGUGGUUACCAAAUUUCCCUUGAUGAACUGCCCAGAAGUCGGAUCUACUGGCAAAAAAACAACCAAAUGGUUCUGAGUAUCAUAUCUGGGGAUACAAAAGUGUGGCCAGAGUAUAAGAACCGGACCUUCUGUGACAUCACUAAUAACCUGUCCCUUGUGAUCCUGAUGCUGCACCUGUCAGACGAGGGCACCUACACCUGUGUUGUGCAGAAGAAGAUCGACCAAAGUUACAGGCGGGAGCACCUAUACUCCAUGGCCCUCUCUCUCCGAGCUGACUUUCCCACUCCUAGUAUAACUGAAUCUGGAGAGCCAUCUCCUGACAUUAAAAGGAUAACAUGCUCAGCCUCUGGAGGUUUCCCAAAGCCUCGCCUCUCCUGGUUGGAAAAUGGAGAAGACAUAAAAGCCUUCAAUACAGCCAUUUCUCAAGAUCAGGAAACUAUGAUGUACAACAUUACCAGUCAGCUGGAUUUCAACAUGACCAUUGACUACAGCUUCACGUGUUCCAUCCAGUAUGGAGACUAUUUUGUGUCCCAGAAUUUCACCUGGCGUGCACCCAACAAAGAGUUGCCUGACAAACAGUUCUCAUGGGGGGUCUACAUCGGGUUGUGGAUUGCUGCGUUGUUGAUUGGAGUCGGGGUGCCCCGGUCGAUAGCAGCAGUUCGCCUGGUCUGCCGGAUGAAAAUCAUAUAUGCUAAAGCUAAUCAGAAGAUGAGCAUCUGA